AUCGGAGUAUCCCUGUGUGCGGGGCCGCCUGGCUGCGGAGAGGAGGUCUCCUGUCCGCUGGCUGAGGAGAGGCGCCCUGGCCUCGGGAAUGCCCGGCCCCCCGGCUGCGGAUCUGACGCUUUGCCUCUGAAGGAGGAGGAAGAAAAGUUCGGGGGAGCCCGAGGGAGGAAGGCGGAUGGUUUGUUUUCCUGGCUGAGCUGGAAGGAACGAUGACCCAGGGAGGAUGUGCACCAGCAGCCACAUCAUUGGGAGCCUCUUGGUGCUCUCCGUGUUGGAGAUAGGGCUGGGGGUCUCCAGCGUGGCCGUGGGGGCGGUCAGUUUCAGCUUGGUCCUUGCAGAGCAUAAGCCUCAGCUGGGAGACUCUUCUCCGGUAUGGAGCGGGGUGUGUUUUCUGCUUUGUGGCAUAUGUGGAAUAUUGUGCGCCAAAAAAAAAUCUGGACUCGUUAUGAUCCUUUUUUCAGCCUGUUGCAUCUGUGGGUUAAUUGGAGGAAUAUUAAAUUUUCAGUUCCUUCGUGCUCUAACAAAGAAGUCCUCCACCCUCUAUUCCUUGCAUCUCACUUCCAUGUCUCUUGCCUGCAUUGGAAUUGGAGGUUGCACCCUUUCUUCGUGGCUCACUUGUCGGCUAGCCAGCUAUGAACAACGAAGAAUGUUCUCGGAAAGGGAGCAUUCACUGCAUCAUUCCCACGAAAUGGCAGAGAAAGAAAUGACAGACAAUAUGAGCAAUGGAGGACCACAGCUGAUUUACAAUGGAAGAGUGUAUGAAAAGAUUUAAAAAGUUAAAGGAAAAAAUAUUUUCAAGAUUUUUCAGGACAAACAAACAGGCACCAAGAGACUGAAAUGAAAUGGAAACAGUCUUGGCUUUUAUUACUAGAACUUCACAACUGCAGAAGAGCACACUUCCCUUUAGAAACAUAUCUGAAAUUUCUUUCCCAAGGAUUUUGUGGAUAUACAGUAUUUAUUCACUCCACCUCUAUUCUUUUUCUUCUUGUCCAAAUAACUUCGCAGAAUUACCACAGCACUCAAGAUAGGCUUUUCAAACUCUUCCUCUCAUGAAGACUUUUUUUUUAAUCCCAUUAAAAUGGAGAGGGUUUAACCUGUAGAUUGUACUGUGAAGAGAUUGCAAAUCAGACUUGUAAAAGGUUUGCAUUGCACAUGCAGAGUGCAAAUGAGCGAAGGAUAAGUCUUCUGAAAACAACACUGAUGUCUUUGUUUUGAAAGACAGAAUGCUUCAAGAAUGCCAGAAAUCAAAACCUCAACAAUGCCUUCUUGUAAAGAAAUAGUAAAUAUUUCCAGUUUGUGAAUGAAGUAUAUUUCGUAAUUUGUUCAUAAUAGAUGACAAAUAAAAUUAAAUCUAAAACUGAGAAUAAUUCAAUUUCUGCUUGUUAGAAAGAUCUGUGAAUCUGGUUUGUUGUAUUUGCAUAUUUGCACAAAAUAUCAAAAGGACCUCAAUAAAAGGUGAAGCAGAAAAAGGCUGCAGAGGAGUGAGGGUGGAAUGGCUGGGGCAGAACUACACCUUGGCAAUUCAAUCCAUGGGGGCUAUUUGAGCAAUGAUGCAUCUCAGGACUAAUCUACUUUUCUUGGACCAAAGAGGUCCUCAUGCCCCUUAAUAGGGCAGGCAUAAUCUGCCUCCCAGUGUGUAUAAUAGUUGUACAUAUAUGGCAAGCACAAAAAUAUAGGCAACAUAUUUUAUAAUAAACAUGAACGUAUGCUGUAUACAUGUAUACACACUUGUCCACUAUACAUAGCUAAUGCAUGCUUGAGUGGGAGUGAUGGAAAAAUGUUCAGCAUGAGUUUGAUAUGGUACAUUAUUUAUGACCCUAGAGCAUAGAUUGUAGUUAUCACGUGUAUCACAAACAAUGUGUUAAAGCAUGUUUUAGAGUUUAGAACCUUUAUUUGUGCUAUUUAAAAAAAAAAUCCCUCUAUUAAAAGCCAGGUGCCUUAAUUAGCCUGAGUGCAGAUACAAAAGGUUCAGAGGAAGCUGAGAUUGAAGUAAAAGAGCCUCUGAGAUGAUGUAAGACAUAAUGUAACAACCUCUGAGAUGAUGUAAGAGAGCUCUGUUUUAUAAAUAAAAAUGGUACAAUCUUGAAGUCGCUUAGGUUGCGAUAUUCUAGAGCUGCAGGGAAGACUGGCAUCCAGUUAGAAUGUUGAGAACUGUCCCUUCUUCAUGAUAGAAAGUUCCCCUUUCUUGUCCUACAAUAGUGAGUUAUAUUGGAUUACAAAGCCGGAGUUUUGGUUCUAGUGAACUACAGAUCUGCUAUAAGGCCUCAGUCCUGUAAGCAUUUCUGUAUUGUGUUUAAAUGCAUAUGAGUAGUCCCAUUAAAGUCAGCAGGACUAUUCAUGUGCACAAAAAUGACACACCUGAAUACAUUUUUGCAGUCAGUGUCUAAAAUGGCAUCUCAGGAGCAUCUCAGUGCAAAGGGAUCCAUGGGAGGAAUAGAACCAGAAUAGAUGGAUCUUGCAACUCCCACUGCACCCAGUGUAAGGGGAGUUACUAGGGAAAGGUAGGCAGGAGAUGGAGUGUGGUAGAGGAGCUUUCAGAAUCCAAAUCAGAAUUCUGUGGCUUAGGCAGCGCUGGUUCCUAAACUUUUUAGUAUCCCCAAACAAAACCAACAACUACCUAUCACUGAAGCAGUGACCCAGUGAAGGGACCAUAUAAUGUGAGUCAUCAGAACUAGAAAUAAGUGCUUUAUCCCACUAUAGAGCAGCUGGGAAUUCCUCAUGUAUUUGUUUCAAUCCCUGGAAGGACAUGAAAUCUCAGACAUUAAAAUCAUGUCAUGAUUAUUAUUAUAAAAGCUACUUACUUAUUUUGGAGGUUAUUCAAAAGAGAGGCACUGACCCUACAAAUAAAUACACUUAUCUUGAUGAAUAUGAGAAGGUCCAGGUUGGAACCAUAGUUAUAAUUUUUCUUUCCCUGAGACAGAUAUCAUUAUAUUAAGGCAGCCUGGCUAUGUGAAUGGAAGAUACAAAUAGAUAAAUCACAGUCCCACAAAAUUAUAUGAAAACCUCUUUGAAAAUUCAGUAAUAGAUUUUUUGUCAAAUAAGGUCAUGUAGAACCAUAAACAUAUGGAGGUUUUACUUUAAUUUUGUGUGUAAAGUAUAUUUUACUUAUGAAGGUUUUACUGACACUUAUUUUCCAUGUUUUGCAAAACUAACUUGCGCUAUUAUUAAGGAGCAUAAUGCAGCAUACUAAACUCAUGCUCAUAAAACCUUUAUACCAUGUCACAUUACUGUGCGUGUGGUCUGUGCGUAUCUAUAAAUAAUAUACAUGCACACACAAUUUGAUUUAGGCUAUUUUAGUACUGCAUUCAAGCUCUCUGGCAUCUAAAGCUAUUUUUACUUGCCGUCUAAUAAAAUUAGGUAUAAAAUGUGGGCUGCAGAACGCAGUGGCUGAGAAAUUACAUUACAGUUUUGGAAUUCAGAUGUAAUUCAUAACACCAAUACUGCCAACAUCAAGCAUUCACAAAUCAUGUAUCAGGCCUCAAACUAUCAUGAGACUGGUUUGAACUCAUGAGAUUUUUUAAAAAAAUAACUGUUGGGUUCUUUUUAUUCGCCUCUGGUGUUCCAGCCUUUGCCAGUCAUGUUUUCAUCCUUUUGUAUGCACUCAAAAGGGCAAGAAGCUUUCUUCAGAUAUUAAAUGAAAACUAAAAUUCUUCUAUGAUCAUGCAACUCCAGAAGAUUAGGCUUUAAGGAAAGCACCAACAGUUAUGAAACUCAUGAUAAAAUCAUGAGAAUUGACUACACUCUAAUAGAAAACAUUUAACCAGAAAUUAUACCCUAAGUAAUUAACAAAUUAAUUCUCUAAGGAGAAGCUACUUGGCAAUGGCUCUGUACAAAUCUCCUAUUAAUGGCCUUGAAAAUCAUUGCUUUAAACUUUGAGCCAAAUUUUCAAUCAGCCCCUUUCCCUGCUUCCACUGAUCUGCAACUGUGCAUCACAUUUUGGGUACUAACAGAUAUGUGAUCAAGUCAUUUAUACACACAAAGCCAUACCUCCAAGCCUGAUGGGGGGUAGUGGUGGUGGAAGAUCUGAGAACCCGAGACCCCCCAUUUCCUCAAGCUUUGCACGACAAAGGUGGUGCUAAUCCAGAAGGUGUCAGCUAUCUGAAGCCUGGAUUCCAACCAUACAAUGGAACUGCACAGUUCUGCUAUUUUGUAGGGCAUAGACACACAAAGAGGAGGAAUGUGGGAAGGGGAAAGGAUUGUAGUGGAUCUAGGUUAAAAAAAAAAAAGCCCAAGAAUAAUUAAAUUGCUCUUUCCACAUAGCUGCCAAGUCUGUAGCUUAUAGACAAGCAGGCCAAGCACUUCAAUAUCAGUUUUGCAUUGCUGUCUUUCAUCAACGCCUUCAAAAUGCAAAACUGGUGAUCAAUAAUUGACUAUGUAAUUGAAAAGACUGCUUCUGUCAGAGAAAUACAAAGAGCUGAAAAACAUGUUUAACAAGAGGUAAAGUUCUAUGGCUUUACAGAUGUGCUCAGAAUAAAAAGCAUCACUUUUAUUGAGUGUUUUACUUUAACAUCUAAUAUAGUUUCAGUCCUUAAUUUAGUGCAAAAUUCAACAUAACUUUUUUCUGAUCACUUUUUCUUACUGAUGGGCUUGGAGGGAAGUUUAUUUUAUUAGCUCAGCUGACACUAUUGACAGUGGUCUGGUUUUCCACUACACAUGAAAUACUAAAUAAGACCAAAAUGUUUAAACUCAGAUGUCUAAAAGUUAGGCAUCAAACUACAUUUUCAAGUAUCAAAACAAGUGGUAUUGUUUUCAGAGAUGCAAAAUCUCCCAUUAACUUUGAUGUUAUUAUUCCUAAUUAACAUUGAUUAAAAGUAGAUUCAAGCCCUGAGUCUGUAAAGUAUAUUCAACUUGGAAAGCUCUUCCUUUUUCACAGCAUUGUAAACUUUGAGGCAAAGUUGUCAGCCCUGGAAAGGUACAGGCCGGAAAGAAACAGAACUCUCUUCCUUUGUACCUAUAUGGAACAAUCAUAUGUAUGAAUGAUCAGGAAAUCCUACACAAUACUUGGAACUGUC